UGCUUGCAGAACUACUUAAGGCAGUACCAUUACUUAUCAAACACCAGGUCAGGAAAUCAUGACAGUACCACAGCAAUAAAAAAUUUCCAGAAAUUCUUUGGACUCGAACAAACGGGAGUCUUGGACGAUGCAACUUUAAUGCAGAUGAGAAAGCCACGAUGUGGAGUCCCGGAUAUAGAUGUCGGUGGAGGGCGCCACAAACGUUACUCCACACAUGGCAAGUGGUCCAAAACUGAUCUCAAGUAUUACCAGGAGUUUGGGAACGAUAUGUCACACGCUGAUCAGAUGAGGAUCAUAACUCGCGCUUUUAAAUACUGGAGUGACGUCGCACCGAGACUAAAAUUUACCAGAAUGAAUGAUCGAGGCCAAGCCGACUUUUGGUUGAGGUUAGUGGUCUCAAUUUGUCUGAUAUCGACUCAAUUCUUGCCAGAUUAAAAAGAAAAAAAGAGGCUUGUGUCUUUAAAUACAAUAACUUUUUCUUUAACAAAAUCCAUAUCUAUAUAUUCCUAGCAAGUGUCCUGAAAAAAAGACGGUGUCUCUUUGGUUUUUAAGUUUUAGGACUGGAAACAAUUGAGGCCAGAUACUUGGAAUCGUGUUACAUGAUACGGUUUAGUUCGUAGUAACAUGGACACUGUUUGAAUCAAAUGUAAAUAUUUUUAUGAUAACAGUUCUGAACCGUAUUUUUAACUCAUUUUCAACAGUUUGCUAUUACAGUAGUAGUAGUCUGCCGAAAUGGUUCUCUUAGUUUUUGUAUUAACUAAAGGCCCUUCCUUUAGGACAACAGUCAGUAAUUUAAUUUCCGUUGUUCAUUAGGCUUCCAAUAUCUGGUUAGCAAUACUGCUGCUAUUCGGUGAAGUCCGAGUGAUUCGUUUAUUCUCAAUAAGCAUAUAUUCAUGUCCAUUAGCUUUGGACGCAAGACACACUCUGGUGUAAAGGGAGAACGUCAAUGCAAAAUCCCAUUUGAUGGACAAGGGAACGUCUUGGCGCAUGCAUAUUUUCCUCCCGAUGGACGAAUCCAUUUCGACGAUGAUGAGCGAUACUCUGAGUUUGGACGUUCGUCAGGAUGGUGGUUUAGGAAAAAGCAUUCUUGGGGACUUUUGUGGGUAGCUGUACACGAGAUUGGACACGCAUUGGGUCUACGUCACUCUAAUGUUAAAGGCUCAGUGAUGUGGCCUACAGCAAGCAAAGGGACACCCAAAUUGCACCAAGAUGACAUAAAAGGCAUAAGGUCGCUGUACGGUAAGUUUUCAAUCACUCAUCUCAUCAACCUCCGUGAUUUAGAAUUUUGCUAA